CAUUUACUUUUUAAGUUCCUGUUUCGUCGUACGUCACCCUUCAUGGUCCACAAGUUCAUGUUACCCUUUUUACGUGCAUCAUACUUGAUUGGACGGCGGUUGAUUUAGCCUUGCAAAUGAGCAUUGAAUCAUUUAAACAUUUUGAAUAGUUAUUAACACUCCACUGCCUUUCGCGAUAAGUCAACUAUCGGAUCAAAAGCCUUCAGCCCUUCGAAGAAGGUUGACAAUCGUUUCGGAGUGGAAGAAACACGACUGUACCAUGGUGCAUGUGGUACUGUUUGUGUUUUUAGUGAGUCUGAGCACAGGAUAUUGUGAGAGUGAUAGAGAUGGCGAAAUAUACACAAAUACUUGGGCAGUUGAACUAGACUCACACGAUGAAGAAUUAGCGCAUAGCAUAGCGGAAAGUCUUGGAUUUAAGAACGCAGGACCGAUAGCGAACUUACCUGGAUAUUUCUCGUUUGUACACGAAAGAUCGGAGAGCCGCCAGAGACGAAGUAGUGAGCAUCAUACACAACCGCUAUUAAAUCACCCGCGCGUGAAGUGGACUGAACAACAAACUCUACUAUUUAGACACAAACGCGGUUUCAACACCUGGGAUGAAGCGGUAAUGCUUGUGCAACGCGCCGAGAGAAAUCGCAGAUAUUUCAACGACCCGCAGUGGAAAAAUCAAUGGUAUAUGGGUCCGUUAGACGCUGCUGACACCAGAGGAAACCUAGGUGUUUUGUCUGCUUGGAGAAUGGGGUACACAGGUAAAGGAAUUGUGGUGAGUAUUGUUGACGACGGGUUGGAUCAUACUCACCCCGACUUGAGUAAAAAUUACGACGAGGCUGCGAGCUUAGACGUAAACAAUAAAACUAGUGUUGGAGUCGAUCAUGAUCCAACGCCAGAUGAUAGCAAUCUUUCCAACGAUCACGGAACAAAGUGCGCCGGGGAAGUCGCCGCCGAAGCGGAUAAUAAUAUUUGUGGUGUAGGAGUUGCAUUCAACGCAAAAAUUGGUGGUAUACGAAUGCUAGACGGAACCAUUACGGACCAAAUUGAGGCAGAAGCUUUGGGAUACAACUGCGAUUACAUCGACAUUUUUAGUGCAUCUUGGGGGCCUAAAGAUGACGGAAAAACAUUUGGCAAACCCGAGAAACUUGGAAGCGGUGCUAUGGAGAAGUGCAUUCGAGAAGGAAGAGAUGGGAAGGGAGUUUUGUAUAUCUGGGCCACUGGCAAUGGUGGAGCCAGUUACGAUGAUUGUAGCUGCGACGGUUAUACGUCAAGUAUCUACACUCUGUCUAUCGCCUCUGUGAGCGCCAGUGGAUGCAAAACGUUUUACGACGAGAGCUGCCCCUCAACCAUGGGCGUGGUCUUCACCGGGGAUGUUGGUUUGCAGUGCAGUAAGCGAGAGUCCUACAGCCAUCUUGUAACUACUUCUCUGUUUCACAAGUGUGUGACAUCGUUUUCUGGGACAUCCUGUGCGGCUCCCUUAGCAGCUGGAAUCUUUGCGCUGGUUUUGGAGGCAAAUCCUGAGCUCACUUGGCGAGAUAUGCAACACUUGGUUGUUCAAACUGCGCGGAAAAAUGAGCCUGACAGCCCUUCAUGGAGCACGAAUGGUGCUGGGCAUAAAUACAGUCGUUCCUAUGGGUUUGGUGUAUUAAAUGCGGAAGAUUUAAUUAAUGCAGGAAAGGAAUGGGAACAUGUCGGUACUCAGCUGAAAUACACACUCCGCGGACUGUUGACACCUGACACAGCAACUUUACCAUCCAAGGGAGAGGUGGAACUGAAGCUCAUCAAUGACAACGAAGACAUCGGAAAACUAGAACACGUUCAGUUCAACGUAUCAAUAGACCACCGUCGCCGGGGGGACCUGGUGAUCGAUCUCAUCUCGCCCAGCGGCACCACUUCGCGACUGCUGGCCAAGAGGCCAGGAGACGACGGAACACGAUUAGCAUACUGGCCUUUCAUGACUGUGGAAUUCUGGGACGAGAACCCUCGAGGCGAGUGGACCGUGAAAAUCCGAGAUGAGAAGUCUGAAGACGACUACUCUCCAAGACGCCACGACAGAUUUUUUGACGAAGGAGAAUCCAGAGACGAACCGAGCAUCGCAAAUGAUCUUUCCCAUGGUCGCUUUAAGGAAGAUUACAUGAAGCUGUCAAAGCGAUCGUAUGAAAAACGUCACGAAAAGUUUCCUCAGCGGAGCGAAGACCAACCCAGUUUCCAGCGCGAGCUUACUCAUGGACGGUUUAAGGAAGAUUAUAUGAAGUCAGUAAAAGGACCAAGACAACCCAUUAAUGUAGCUUCUGACGAGUCGUCAAUGUGUUCACAUUCAAAGUCACUUCAAGGGCAUAUAGCUGGGUGCGUUAGAAAUUGGUCUCUUGUUAUGUAUGGUACCGCCUGAAUCUAAUGAUAGCGGGUCAAAGUAAAAAUCUUCUAGGAGGGGAUCGUCGUAGGGGAUUCAGAGCCUGCAGAACCUGCAGAACGAGUUAAACUUUUUGUCGUUUUUCAGUCGAGUUAAAAGAACUCAAGGAAGCGCGUGGAAAACGCAAAAGCGAGUCGCGCUCACAAGUGACUCGCCCGGCCUUCCGCUCGCUUCAGUACGUCCGAAAAACGCACAAAAAGAGGGAAAAUUGAUGCUUGUUGUGCAGACUAGAGGGGUUGCCCCUUCAUCUCUAAAGAUAUGAUUAACAUUUAUCUACUGUAGCUGUAACUCUUCAAACUCCUGUCCAGGCUCUCUUCUUCGCGUUCCUUAGAGAGAGGCCUGGGCCGGGAGUCUUAUACAUUUCGUGCAGAUUUGUUAGUAUAUCAAGAUAAUACCUUCUAGUCGAUAAGUUUUUAGCUGUUCCCAUCACCUUUUACUGAAUUAGCUAUCGAUAGUGUAUGGAUAAGUUGUAUGUUAAUCACUUUCAGGCGGUAAAGGACUUAAAACGGAACGAUAAUCUCGAGGAGAGUUCCAUUUGGUGUAAGGAUCCUUUGUAAUUUAUCUUCUCGUCUUCUUGGGAUGUUAAAAUCAACGACCUAUAAUGUUUUUCAAUAGUUCAUGGAUUGAAGUGAGAGCUUCAUCGAUAAUAAUAUUCUAAGGUUUUACGUAAAACGAUAUUUUCUCUGCGUCGUAUUUAAAUAAUUGUCAAAUUAUUGGAUAUGUUUGAGAUUUACAAUCAUUACAGUAAGGCUAAAUUAUCCUUGGGAAAAAAAAAACAUUCGCGUAUCGCUUAGCCGGA